AUGGCCCUCCUCGUCGACAAGCACCGACCGCGCACUCUCGACACGCUCAGCUACCAUCCUGACCUCUCAGAACGGUUGCGCUCUCUGGCAGCCAGCGGCGACUUCCCCCAUCUGCUCAUAUAUGGACCCUCUGGGGCCGGCAAGAAGACUCGCAUCACAGCGACACUACGGGCGCUCUACGGACCUGGCGUAGAGAAGAUCAAGAUUGAUAGCAGAAUCUUCCAGACCACGAGUAACCGCAAGCUUGAAUUCAACAUCGUCUCCUCCAACUACCACCUCGAGAUCACACCUUCCGAUGUCGGCAACUACGAUCGCGUGGUUAUUCAGGACCUGCUCAAAGAAGUGGCACAGACGCAGCAAGUUGAUCUAGCCGCAAAGCAGCGUUUCAAGGUCGUGGUGAUCAACGAGGCGGACCACUUGACCCGUGAUGCGCAGGCCGCGCUGAGAAGGACGAUGGAGAAGUACAGUCCCAACUUGAGAUUGAUCCUGCUGGCGAACAGCACGAGCAACAUCAUUGCCCCAAUUCGCAGUCGAUGUCUGCUUGUGAGAGUCGCGGCGCCGACAGAAGUGGAGAUUGCUGGGGUGCUGGCGAAAAUUGGUAAGAAGGAGGGCUACAAGAACUGUGAGCCGUUGGAGCAGAGGAUAGCGAAAGACAGUGGGAGGAACUUGAGGCGUGCGUUGUUGAUGUUUGAGGCGGUGCAUGCUCAAAAUGACAACGUGAGCGAGAAGACUCCGAUACCACCGCCAGACUGGGAGGCACUCAUCGAUGUCAUCGCUAAAGAAAUUGUCGAAGAGCGAACGCCAGCCCGGAUCCUGCAGGUCCGCGCGAAGCUGUACGACCUGUUGACUCACUGCAUACCUGCUACGGCUGUCCUCAAGACUCUCACCUUCAAGCUCAUGCCCAGAAUUGAUGACAGCUUGAAGGCGGACGUCGUUAAGUGGAGUGCCUUCUACGAGCACAGGAUACGUAUGGGAAGCAAAGUGAUAUUCCAUCUCGAAGCAUUCGUCGCGAAGGUCAUGCGGUUGUACGAAGGUAACCUUCUUGGCAUGGACAUUGAUUUCGAUGACUAG